AUGGACAGAUGGGGAUUAUAUGAUGAGAAUUUAGAGAACGGCGCAGCUUUUCUUCUCCUGGAAUGGGUUGUGCGACUCGUUGGUUGGUCCGGAGACAAGAAGAUCGCCUCCCUUGUUCUUUUCACAGUACUCGAGGAGUCUGAAAUAAUUCAAAUAAUAUUUCGAAUGAAUAUUGGAUAUGACAACUUACUCUUUGGAGACCUCCGAUACCUUCUUCCGUUGGAUCGCAGCCUCAGCACGCAGUUGCUCGGUGGUAGCCUUGAUGUUCUCCAUCUCAGAAGUUUUCUGGAACUAAACCAAGAAUCAGAUAAACAAAUUAGACAGAGUGCUACUAGUACACUUGGGUGGAAAAUUUCUAGAAGGAGUGAGGUGGUUGGAGGGAAAGAAGAAGACGAAGUUUAG